UCCAUUGUUUUAGAAAAUCGAUUGCAAAAUGAGAAUUUUAUAAGUCUUGGUUUUGUAUUAAGGUUUAUUAAUAAGUCCUCUCUUUAAUACAACACGUUUUUUUAAAGUGUUUUUUUAGUUUCGAUGGUAGCUGGCGAAACUGGAUUAUUAUAAUGAAACAUGUCUUGCAAUGGCUCCGUAUACAUCGGAACAAAACGAAAGUGUCUUGUAGUUGACCGUGUGUAAACCUUAGAAUAAUUUAGUAUAUUUAAAGCAUUUGCGAUGGCGCAAACAGUAAGACGUCCCAUCGAAGCAAGGUAUCCAUCUUGCUAUAUACCAAGCCGAAUAAAAGAAAGAAGAGCAAAAGCAAGGGCGCUCAGAUUGGAACAACAACGUAAACCUGAAAAGCCUGAAGAUUUUGUAUGCUACUCAGAUAGUGAUAGUGAAGAAGAAACCCCUACUGAGCAACAUAAAACACUUUGCACAUCAUAUAACUUUGUUGACUAUGUGCGUUCAAGAGAAAUACAAGCUCCUGAGCCUCGAUCGGUAGAUCAGUCAUUUGCGACGCGCCAUAUGCUCACGCACGAUAUGUUGCGUGAGACGCCAGUCAACCUUGGCACAGUCAACAAAGUGUUCUGCUCACAGUGGCUCUCAGAUAGACAGAUUGUAUUUGGGACUAAGUGCAAUAAAUUGCUUGUGUAUGAUGUGCGAUCUCGUUCACUUGACGCCAUUCCGACGCUCCGUCCUCGCACACCUUGGCCCGGUGCUGAAUAUCAAACUGGGAUACACGCGCUACAAAUUAACCCAUCUAGAACACUGUUAGCUACUGGUGCGCGAAACUCAUGCGAAUUAGCGAUCUAUCGAUUACCCACUUUGGAUCCUGUGUGUGUUGGAGAGGCUCAUAAAGACUGGAUCCUUGACAUGUGUUGGUUAGAUGAUGAGUUCUUAGUAACAGGGUCUCGAGAUUCCAAACUUGCAUUGUGGCGGGCACCUGAUUCGCCAAUUACUCAAGCUACCCCUCACCAUGAUUAUAUAGCACCACUUGUUACUAGGGAAUGUAAGGCUGGUCAGAAGGUCCGGGCGCUAACCUUCAACCGUCGUUGGCGCGAGAUCGCAGCGUUGACCCUCAACGGGUACAUCCAUGUGUUCAAUGCAGCGACCUUCAGACAAACUCUUUCACGAAAGUUACCCUCUUGUCAGGACCUCGUUUGCCUUGCCACACAAGAAAGCGGUAUAUACGCAAUCGGUUGUAAGUCGUAUACGUUACUUCUGGAUUGCCGGACUCUACAGUCUGUUAAGAAGAUAACGUCUCGUUACAAUGGUUGUGGGAUACGAUCAGCGACAUUCCGCGGAGACCUACUCACUAUUGGUACUGGACUCGGUCUGCUCAUGUUCUACGACCUUAGAGCCGGAAAAUACCUCGAGAGCAAUAUACAUUCAACAAAAACUGUAGCACUAAGGGCUUCCAGAGGCUAUGUGUUCCCGGACGAAGGAAUGGAUGGGUACCAACAAGUGAAAUAUGUACCGGCCAUUUAUACCCAUUGUUAUGAUGAUAGUGGUACGAGAAUAUUCACAGCCGGUGGGCCUUUACCUGCCCCUCUAAUAGGGAACUAUGCUGGCAUAUGGCAAUAAAAUAAUAGCAUAAAAAAUGUUGUCGAAUGGGAAAGAUAGUGUGUCAUACUAGACCAAAAUGUGCCAGGCAGGACUAUAAAAUUAUAUGAAUGUUUGGUUCAAGAAAAGCAAAAUAUUUCGGAAGUGGUGUGAAAUUGCGUGUACAUUUUAUUACUCAGCUGUCACAGCAAUGCUUAGUGAAAUUGCAACAAAUUGAUACAAAUUUAAUAUGUUUAUUUUCUUAACCAAUUUAGACCACAUCAAAAAUACUUUGACUAAUAUAUGAGUUGCAAUACAUAGAAUGAUUAAAGCUGUGUCAGAGUUAGAAUAAAAGUGGCAAACAUGAUUUUGAAAAGUCUUAAUAAAAAAGAAAAAAAAUAAUUUCUACCUUAGUAACACUACCUAAAAGCAGGAUUCUUCAAAAUUUUCAUCUUGCAAUUACUUUCAACGAUUAAUAAAUUUGAGAAAUAAUUACAGUUAAAAAUUAAUUACUAAAUGAACAUAUAGAUUUAAUUGUAUUAACCAAGUGUUACAUAGCACCUCUCCAACAAUCAAAUGAGACUCAGUUGUGCAAUAAAAACCUUAUUGAGGUUGUGGUAAACAAGUUCAAUCUGUUUAAAGUUAUGCAACUAAAAGGCCAUAUUACCUCAACUUGACGUUGUAGACUUAGAGAGCUGAAAGUCCAAAAUGUCCAAAUACAUAUAAACAUAGCCUGUGCAGUAUUUUCUUUUGUAGUUCCAUUAACCAAUUUAUCCUUUAAAAAAUACUGCACUAUGCUACUACAGGACAUUUUAUAAUUACCCGCUUAGAAAUUAAUGGAAAGUAUGUGAUUUGAAGCAAAUGAUAUAUGUCAAGAGUUUUUAUAAAUCUCUAGCAUAAGGUAUGGGUUUGAGAUGGAUUCUAUUAAGAAGUUAAGUUAAUAUGUAUACCUUUCCUUCAAAUUUUUUUUAUAAAGAUGUUACAUUUACAUCCAUAGACUGUUAAAAACAUUGUCUGGAUCAACACAUGUAUUGCAAAACAUUCUAUUUCGAAGAGAUUGCCAAAUGUUUUUUGUUACUUUAUCUGUGUACAAAAAAAAAUACGCAUUUAAUUUUUAACUAUGCAAUAAUUUAUAGAAUGGAAUAUUGAAUGUGUUGGUGUGUUUCUACAAAUAUUUCUUAAAAAAAUGAUAAGAUUUAAAUAAGA